GACUGUCCUGAAAUGUACACGGGCGCAUACCAAAAAUAUUGGUCGCCAUUAUUGCAGGUGAGUGUUGAGGAUAUAGAUUCGUUCAUAAAAGUAAAAAUAUGUUUUGUUUUACAUGAUGAUAGGUAAUGCCUUGGAUUUCUCACUUUUCAAAAAAUCACAGUAACUGUGACAUGCAGUAGCGGACAAAGGUUUGGAAACAGAUAUUAACAUUAUUAUGAACUGUUUCAUAUACCUAAAUUAAAAUUGUGAAGGAACAGAUAAUAUAAAUAGUAAAGUUCACCUUUGGCUCCCGUACCAAUACAAAGUUUAUCUUAUCAAUACUCAAAUUUCUCUGAAAAUAAAAUAAGCGUUUUUGUAACGGCAAAAGUAUGGAAACAUUUCAGUUUUGCCGUUAUUUAUUCGUUCUGCGAUACUCUGAUCGUGCGUGCGGUAAAUAUUAACAUCAGUGGCAAAGGCUCUUGUCGCUUUCUUUGAAAUGCCCGUUGAUGAAAGUACGUUGCCGGAUGAUCACUUCAUUGAAGUCGACGAUACGCCUACCUUUCAGACUGCCAGCGCGAAGCUGAACUUUGCUAACAGUACCAAGAACGAUCCAUUGGAAGCUGUAUCUGAACCAAGGCAAUUUUUGGUGCAAAACCUUUCUACACUUGGUAGGUCUCAACCGGGUCGUCUCCCGACUUUGAUCAGCAAUACUAGCGCAGACUGUCAAAGAAUACUUCAGCAGUACUGUGCAAAGUUUAGCGUACAACUUGUAUAAAAUUGUAGAGUCAACAUAUUUGUUCAUAGGUACCGACAUUUUCUCGUUAGUUCGUAUUCCACUGUUACAAAAAGUCGAUUUCUAUACUCUCAGUUCUUGUUUUAAAGUAAUUUUUGUUUCAUUUGUUAAGUCUAUCUCAGGUUGAUAAUAUCCACCUAUCUACAAUAAUUUUGAUCGAGGUUAUUGAACCCGUAAGUCACUAUUGUUUUGUUUGUGGUCUAGUUUUUAUAACACUCAAUUUAUGCCAUCAUGAAAAUUCAUAAUGGGUUACCUGACCGUUCUAUUUUAAACUUGACCUUACACGUACCGAGAUCCUCUUGUGUUUUACCCUACUGUACUUUUGAUAUAAAAUAAAUUAUUUUUAUUAU